GCCUCAGUUCUCUGUCAGAGUGACGGAUGGUUGGAGGCGGAUCACGACCAUCCCAAAACUCUGGAGUGUUUGGUGGCACGGGAGGAGAGGAGACCAUGGCCCUUGAUCGUUUUGCCAGCUAGCAUCCCUAAACUCGGAUAACGCAACACCCGUAUGCAAGAGAAUUGAAGGCUAGCACCUCAUGCAGGGGGAGACAGGUGACUGUGGCCUCAGCCAGCAGCAGCCCCUUGCUGACAGGCAAGUCACCAGUGCCUCAGAGAUGCCUUCUCAAAUUCAGCGUUUGCAAAAUUCACCCAACUUCACUCAUCAGGCAUACAGAUAUGGCAUUGUACUCUCUUGUAUAGGAGUUUUGCUCAACUGGCUGGGUGUAGCUCAGGCUUACAUAGAGCCUGUGCGUUACCUUGGGGUAUGCCUAGUUAUCUUGGGCUCCUUUCUCAUCAUUUCUGCAUUAUGCCGCUGGAUGUCUACAUCCCCUCAAACCACCACUACUGCCGUCCAAGAGGUCAGUUCAGAUGGUGCAGGAGAUCUCCACGUGAUCACUGUGCCUAUGGUGCGUGGUCAAUCCCAGUCCCGCAACCCAUGCACCUCAGUUUUACAAAGUAGGCCACCAGAUUAUUUUAUGGUGACAGAAAAGCCACCAAGUUAUGAAGAGGCUAUGUCUAUGUUACCACCUUAUCCAGCCACUCACUCAGGCUCCCUUCAGCUGAAUGCAGAAGGUGGUUUGGAAGAAUAUUUAGCCCCACAUCAAGUACCUGAGAGCCAGCCAGAAGGAGCAGUUGGAGGCUUACUGCAACAGCCUGAUGCAAGAAUGAGGCAGCCCGAUGGCUGUAAAGAAUCUGAGAGAUUGCUGAACAUAUCCUCCUCACCUCCUGCCUACUCACAAUGUGCCUCUCAGUCAACAUUUGUCAGUAGCAAUAACACCACCACCAUGACUCCUCAGGAAGGAAACACAGACAGUGGAACUGCUGAAUCCACCACACCAGGUAACAUAACAAGUGACACAACUAGCAUAAGUAACAAUGCACUAGAUACCACAAGCACAGAUAGCAUAAUUAGCUCACUAGAUCCUAGACCAGAAACAGAAUGUGUUACUUCCACCUCAGAAGAGACUGAUGGGAAAUCAUUGAGAAUCAAAAGUAAUUCUAUUGACAAAAGUCAGGAGAGUGAUAGCACUCAUUCCCUCUCAGAUCAGAUGUUGUCCUCGAGAAAUAUUGAUAAAUAGAAAAUAUUCUAGACUUGAUAAACUGUUUAUGCAAAUAUUCAUGUUCAUAUUUAUGCACAUAGAAACAAAAAUGUUUUUGUAAUGUUAUAGGUAUUGACAGGGUGCACCACUCACUUUGGAUGAGGUAUUAAGAUCAAAGGUAUGUAAGCAGUUUUGUCAUGAAGUGCAAUUAAUUUUAGUCUUUAAGGAUAAGAUGCACACUAACAUAAUUCUAUUCAUUAUGUUUAGACUGAUUCAUACACAUGUACUAUUCAGCUCUCUUGCUGGUGGAUAUUGACAAAACCAGAUUUACUGUUGAUACUAAGGUGCUUGUAUUUAGUAUUUAAGCAACUUAAUAUCUAUGAUAUUGAUUGUUAAUGUUUUUAUUAUCAUAAAUAUUGAACUUUUCAGGGCAUUAAUACAGUCAAUUACAUGAACCUGAUAACUUAUAAUAAAAAAAAAAUUCACAAGAUCCUUUUCUACUAUGGCUUUCAUAGGGGAUGUUACAUUGUUUCUAAUGAAUAACUCAUUGGGAUCAUACUUUGAUAGAGUAUGUUUCAGACACUCCACUAAUUUUUGUCACUAUGGUCAGGUGAUAAAAGUGGAUAAUAAAGCCACUUACUCUUGUAAAUUUACACACAUAAGACUCGGCCAACCGCUGGAUAUGUGAAGGUGUUAAGGUGCUGUUGUGGCCUUGCUUUCUCAGCUCCCCACUCCCCACUUUGCAUAAUUUGUACACUCAUCAUGUCUUCUUUCCUUUAUCUAAGAUGCAUGGCUGGAAAUGACAAAUUAUUUUAUGUAUUCUGAGUGUAAAAGUAGUAGCUACUGUAAGAUAUACCUACGUACAAUAAGACGAGAGCAAAAUAAAAUGCAUAAUACCAUCAAGUAGUCAAGUAAUAUAUAUAAGAAUAGAAAGGAGUUUUAAUUAAAGCAAAGAAAAGUAAGGAAACUUAGUUUAAUGUAAAUAUUAUAAGCUCACAGUGUGUUAUAAUAUCAUUUAAAAAGCAGUGAUAGGCUCUGUUUUCCCAAAUAUUAUUAGUAGAAAUACUGGAUAAAAAUAACCAGAUAGAUUCAUAGUAAUGCUGGCGGUGGCAGGAGUGAUAGCAUCUCUUUGGUGGAAAGGAUAACAUUGGGGUGGAGUGUGGCAUCACAAUAACAUCCUGAUACCUUCUAGUGUUGUGCAGCUGGCAAGGUCUUACAGAAAAUUUGCGAUGACAAGUACCUUUAUUAUCCACUUUUGUCACUUCACCACAGUGAUGAAAAUUAGCAGUGUAUGAAACACACACUGCCAAAGUAUGAUCCCAAUUCAUCUGUUUGUUAGAGUUAUUCUUGAAAAAAAAUAUUAUGUAGCACAUCCUCUGAAGCCCAUAAUAGUACCUUGAUUUUUUAUCAUAAAUAUUGAUUACAAAUUAUUGUGUAAUCAAUCCAUUGUUUGUCAUCAUGCAACAUGUAAAUUUUAAGAAGGCAAUGAUCAGAGGUGAUGCAGAAAAGCACAAAUAGAUUAAGAGUUGGUUCCAGUAACACCAGUCACAACAAUGACAGUAAAAGACAGAAUCAAUUUAUUUGGAUAUUUUCUUUGAUGCAAAUAGAUAUUAGGUAAUGUCCUAUUACAGACAAAAGGAAUGUUAUGUGCCAUAAUCCUUGUUCCUUUGGAAAGUUGCAGUUUCAAGUUUUAAUUAUUAAGGUUCUUGUCAGUUUUUGGAAAUUGAUAGAUGCUACUCUGAAUCCUGCUUGUAAAUAGAUGUCACCAUACAUACAUAUGUGGGAUAGAAAAAGUACUGCUUUUGCCCACAGCUAAACUUCGUUUUAUAUAUAUAUAUAUAUAUAUAUAUAUAUAUAUAUAUAUAUAUAUAUAUAUAUAUAUAUAUAUAUAUAUAUAUAUAGACACACACACACACACACACACACUGUAUACUUUAUACAGUCUGCGUAAAAAAAAGAUGACAGUUCUCAGUCGGUGUCAGUGUUCAUGCGCCAUUCGACUAGUUUCAUGUGGUUGCAUGGGAGAGUAGAGCACUGAUGGUAUCUGCUAUGGCAACUCAAGACAGAUGGUGGUCUUGGGUACACCCACACAUGAACAAUUUUAAUAUAAAUUUGACAAUUUAGUGACAAGGUGUUUAUUGUGUGCAUUUCUGACGACUUUCAUAAGUUAUAAUUGCAUAUUUUUCCAUACCACCUGCCAGUGGCUACAAAACCAUGUCACUGAAAAUAGCAUCUGUGGUUGUCUUGUGCCAAGGAAUAAAAACAUAUAAAGAAACAAUUAAUAUUACUGGAGUUUGAGAGGAAGCUGUGUACUGGUGGGUAAAAAGGUUCAAAGAUGAUGGUGAGAUGUCUAUCCUAGAAUGCAAAGCAAGGCCUGGGUUAGGAAAGAAAGUUGCUCAAUGAACCUUGAACAUUAUGAAAAGAUAAAUUAAAUGUAAUCCUUGUCUAACAGUAAAGCAAUGGAAAGAAAAGAAAUCCUGUGUUCUUGGUGGUGUGCCUCUAAAAUAUUUGUCACGAUCUCUGACACCACAAUCACACAAUGCUUGUCAUCUUUUUUGGUGCUGACUGUGUAUAUAUAUAUAUAUAUAUAUAUAUAUAUAUAUAUAUAUAUAUAUAUAUAUAUAUAUAUAUAUAUAUAUAUAUAUAUAUAUAUAUAUAUGAAAUCCCUCUUAAAGGGGAGAUAGCCUUUAGGAGGAGGGUCACCAGACCAAUGAUUAUUUAUUUAUGAUGAAUCUCAAUUCUUGCUGAGAAUUUCUCAGCUUCAGCAUAUGCUAUUCAGCAGUUAUAUUUCAUGGAAGAAUCUUGCUAUUUUAUUCUUAUUCUUAUAGAAUAAGCACUUGUACUUAAUUUUUGCUUAUUAGUAAAGCUGCUGCUUAGAAAACUGAAUUAGCACUGAUCAUGUGAAUGGUGGUUAUUUAAUACCAUUUUCAUUCUGUGUUCUUUACAUUAUGAUUUGUUUCAUAACUUCAUAUUCUAUAAUAUGAAUAUAUAGUGGUACUUGCUUUUUUAAUUCAAUCAAAUGUUUUGUAUAUUAUGUUACUUACUAUAUACUACAUUUACUUUUGUAGAGUGAUUAGAAAAAAAGAUGCUUUGGAGUUUAUUAAGAUCUGAUGAGCUACAAAAGUAAUAACUAAUCAUCACUCACAUUAAAAAAAAUAAAUGUAGCAAUGCAUUUUAUUUAUUUUAUGAAUAAAACUGUGAUGAAAAUA